CUUAAAAAGAAAUGAACAUGUGAAGGAAAAAUGAAGAUCAAAAUUUGGGAGAAAAUGAAUGAAGAACCAACCAAAAAGUUGUUGCAUUGGCACUAUUGAUAAUUUGAUUCAAGUGAAAAAUCUUUGACAGAAGAACUUACUAUAUAGCAUAACUCAUAAUCUAACAAUUGAUCCAUUCAGAAUGGAAAUACUUUCUCUAGGUCGUUCUUCUCCUCCUAAUAAAAUUCCCCCCAUUCUCCAUAAACACAGUCCCACUUCAUCUCCACAACUACUACCACAUAACAACACCCCAAUUUCCCUCCGCAGUCCAAACACAUCUCUAGUACAACAUGCUCCAAUUCUCCAUAAACACUAUUCCACCACCAAAAAACUACUCUCUCACCAUUCUUCAUUGAUGCUAUACUACGCUGAAAACAACCUCAUCCACCAAUCCCAAUCCACUUGGGAACAACUCCUAAACAGUUCCUUCAUCCCUUCCCUUCAUUUCAUUUCAAAAUUAUUCAAAACCUAUUCAAAACAUUCCCAAUUUGACCUCAUCUUAUACAUUCUCAAUUCCCUAAAAUCAAGAUAUUUCAAUUUAUUGCCUCAUUUUUACUCAUUAGCUAUCUCUUCUUUUGGAAAUGCAGGAAAUCUCCACUUAAUGGAACAAACAGCAACCGAAAUGGUUUCAAACGGUUUCCAUAUUGAUUCCAAAACAGGUAACUAUUUAAUUCGGUGUUACGCGGUUUUCGGUAGUUUGAAUCAAAUGGAAAAUACUUAUGGUCGUUUAAAGAGAUCUAGGUUUUCGAUUGACGGGGAAACUAUUCGCGCCGUGGCGUUCGCGUAUUUAAAGAAGAGAAAAUUCUAUGAAUUGGGAGAGUUUGUUAGAGAUGUUGGUUUAGGUAGAAGGAAUUUAGGGAAUCUUUUAUGGAAUCUUUUGUUACUCUCUUAUGCUGCUAAUUUUAAGAUGAAAAGUUUGCAGAGGGAGUUUGUUAGGAUGGUUCAAGCGGGUUUUAGGCCGGAUUUAACCAGUUUUAAUAUUCGCGUUUUGGCGUUUUCGAGGAUGGAUUUGUUUUGGGACCUUCAUCUUAGUAUUGAACAUAUGAGAGAUGAAAUGGUUGUUCCUGAUUUGGUUACUUAUGGAUGUGUUGUGGAUGGUUACUUGGAUAGGAAGCUUGGAAGGAAUUUGGAGUUUGUUUUGAAUAAAAUGAGUGUUGAUGAUUGUCCGCGAUUGUUGACAGAUCCGUUUGUGUUUGAGGUUUUAGGCAAAGGAGACUUUCACUUGAGUUCGGAGGCGUUUUUGGAAUACGAGACAGGACAGAAUUGGAGUUAUAGGGUUUUGAUAAAGAAAUAUCUUAAGAAACAUUAUCGGAGGAACCAGAUAUUUUGGAACUACUAACUAAUUUGAUAGAUGUUAUUAUGAAAAAUUUAGAGAUUAAUGAGUUGGAAAGAGAUAUACUAUAUGUUAGCACGUUCCAUGUAGCCGAUUCUACUUAGUGCUCGAUUGUUGUUGUUGUUGUUGUGUUUGGUCCAGACGAAAUUUGACCUACUUCUUGACCUUGAUUCCUUAGACAUUUUAGGUAUAUAGUUAAUUUGAAACAAACUUGUACUUAUGGUGGUGGAUGCCCUUGAUGAAGUGUCAAGGUGUGGAGACAUGAUAAACAUCAUUUUAAAAAGAGAACACUAUGUGCAUACUUGAAAUCGAAUCAAUCAUCCGAUACAUUCAAUCUUGAAGAAAGUUUGAAGGAAACUGAAAGAUGGUAAGGUCGGAAAGCAUCUCCCACAUGUUUGUGAUAACUGAAGGGUGCAGAACUCUGUGAUAACUGAAGGCAUAAAGAGAGAAAGUGAGCCAAAGACUGAUUUUCAGGUGAAGAUGUAAUAUAAUAUAUAAUAUAUGGCUGCUGUCUGCUGAUGCAGAAAGAGUGAAACCUGUGAUAGUGGCACUGGAAGGGAAGGCCCUUAGUUAGUAGAUAUAAUGGGAAUCUUGCAAAUCACAUCCAUCUUAGGAGAGUUUUAGGCUGUGGUGGUGUACGAAUUUCAACCAUCAAUGAUUCAAUUCAUUUGAGGAAUUGUUAAGUUUGUAACAAAAUAGAUUCUCUUGCAGAUUUAAUUGAGAAGUUCAAGAGGUAUGCAUGCAGGGGUUUUGAGAGCUUCAGGCAAGCACUAGAGGGGAAUAAGUAGGAGUAGAUUAUGUUUUGAAUAAAUCUACUAUGGCCUAUGGGGGGGGUCCAGAAGUAUAGAUGAAGUUAAAAUGCUGCAAUAUGAAUUUAGAAAAAAGGGGGAAUGUUUUAGAUGUGAGCCUAAUCAUGUUUGUAAAAAGUAAACAAUAUCAGAUGAUGUUAUAGAAUGUUUUUGUUAUAUUUUUUUUUCUUUUUCUAUUUUGAUCAUUUUCAUUUGCGACUAGAGAUUCCUCUUAUAACAAAUUGUUAUUGAUCGUCUUA